AAUUGGGUGGGUGAAUGUUCAGUCUAUCUGAGUAUAAGAUCGAAAAGAAUGAAUGCAUUGAUUGCAUUUCAAGUGAGAUGUCCAAGAGAAAGGGAACGAGGGGAAGAAGCGACGAAGAAAAGAAGUGAAUGAAAAAGCAUGGCAUGACGAGAAUGGAGAAAUUCGAGAUGUUAGAAAGUGCAAAAUCUAUAAUAGAAAAAAUCCGAGAGGAUUACCUCGUUGUUCUUUGUCUCAUAAUAAUUAUUCAGCUUCUGAUCUUCCUAUACUAUUACUUUGACCAAUCUAACAAAUUGGCUUUAGAAUUAAUAAAAAACGAAGAUGUCAAAUCUAUCAAAAUCGGUAUGUCAGGUUUCGAAAUUCAAAAGAAAUGAGAACAAGCAUGGCAUGACGAGAAUGGAGAAAUUCGAGAUGUUAGAAGGUGCAAAAUCAAUGGGUGCCGGAGCUGCUACAAUUGCUUCAGUGGGAGCUGCUGUAGGUAUCGGAAACGUAUUCAGUUCAUUAAUUCAUUCCGUGGCAAGAAAUCCAUCAUUGGCAAAACAGUUAUUCGGAUAUGCAAUCCUGGGCUUUGCUCUAACCGAGGCUAUUGCCUUGUUCGCAUUAAUGAUGGCCAUUCUGAUUCUCUUUGUUUUCUAAGUUUAUCCUUUUGAAAGGUGUAGUCUCUCCUACCUGAGGAAGAGGACGAGGCCACCCCCUUUCUUAUUAUUAGGGGUGUGGGAAAGGAGAGAGAGAAUGCGGGCUCCUUUCACU